AUGAGUAAAGUAUAUAACUGGUUUAACGAACGUCUUGAAAUUCAGUCAAUUGCUGAUGACGUUACAAGUAAAUACGUACCACCACACGUAAACAUUUUUUACUGUUUAGGUGGAAUUACGCUCACUUGCUUUAUUGUGCAAGUAGCAACAGGAUUCGCAAUGACAUUCUACUACCGUCCAACAGUUGCUGAGGCAUUUGCUUCAGUACAGUUCAUUAUGACUGAAGUAAACUUCGGUUGGCUCAUUCGUUCUGUGCACCGUUGGUCAGCAAGUAUGAUGGUAUUAAUGAUGAUUUUACACGUGUUCCGUGUGUAUUUAACAGGUGGAUUCAAAAAGCCACGUGAACUUACAUGGGUAACUGGAGUAAUUCUUUCAGUAAUUACAGUAUCUUUCGGAGUAACUGGAUACUCACUUCCAUGGGACCAAGUUGGAUACUGGGCUGUUAAAAUUGUAACUGGUGUACCAGAUGCAAUUCCAGUAAUCGGAGGAUUCGUAGUAGAACUUCUUCGUGGAAGUGUUGGAGUUGGACAACCAACUCUUACACGUUUCUACAGUUUACACACAUUUGUACUCCCGCUUCUUGCAGCUGUAUUCAUGCUUAUGCACUUCCUUAUGAUUCGUAAGCAAGGAAUCUCAGGACCUCUUUAA